AUGGCCCGUUGGAUUCUCUCUUUCGUUGCCGGAAGCGCCCUUGCGGCUGCCUCUGGCCUUCCCAUGAAGCUGGAGACACGAAGCGCAGUCUCAUCGCGUGUUGCCAACGUCCAUAUCGGUCUCGAGAAGCCUGUGAACGAGACCGUCACCUUCACUUACGGGUCGUGCCGGGGUGUCUCACGAGACGACGCCCAUCACACCAUUUCCGAGACUGAGGUGCGCGACUCUCAGCGUCUCGUCUGGGUUCUCCCGGAGGAUGCGUCGUCUGACCAAUGUAUCUCUGCGUGGGGUGUUUCCGGCAAACUGCUGGGUCGAAGUGAGCCUCAGACGCUCCACCACAAGUGGAAGCGCCGUGUCCAGAAGAGAUCUAUCCAAAUGAACAACGACACUGGCAUUGACACUCUUGGUCCCUGGUUCGAAGGCGUCAAUCUACUCAAGGACAAGGAGCCUGGCGUCGUUGAUGUCGAUGCUGCCAAGUCCAAGCACGUUGCCAUUGUGGGUGCCGGCAUGUCUGGUUUGAUGAGCUACCUCGUCCUCUCCCAGGCCGGUAUGACCAACAUCAGCAUCAUUGAGGCUGGUCAGCGUCUCGGUGGCCGCGUCCACACUGAAUACCUCACUGGUGGUCCCUUCGACUACUCCUACCAGGAGAUGGGUCCGAUGCGCUUCCCUGAGCAUUACCGUGACCCGAAGACCAACACGACCUACAACAUCACCGACCAUCAGCUCGUCUUCCAGCUCGCCGCCGAGAUGAACGAGCUCAACAACCACGACAAGAACCUGAGUGUCGACUUUAUUCCCUGGAUUCAGAGCAACAUGAACGGUCUCUCAUACAAGAACGGCAUCAAGCUGGCUAAUGGUCUGCCGCCGACCCUUGCCCAGAUCGCCGCCAACUCCUCUCUCGCCGUUGCCUCCGUCAAUGAUGAGUCCACAAACACUCUCUCUGAGGAGCUUGACAAGUACCUCCCCGGCAGCGACUUCUCCGUCCGCAUGGCCACAAACAUGUUCAAAGCUCACCGUGAGUUCCUUGACUCGGGCCUCAAAGGCCUCGGAGGAGAUGUUUGGUCCGAGUUUGGCUUCAUGGUGAACUACCUGAAGGGCUCCCUCAACUCGACCGACGCUCUCGGUUACUACAGCGACAGCUCGUUCUGGGACAGUCUCUACGAGGGCAUGUAUUUCGAGGCUGCGUCCUGGAGGACUAUUGAUGGUGGCCUCAGCCGCCUUCCCUCGUCUUUCCACCCCCACGUCGACAACAUCACGACGAUGAACCGUAAGAUCGAGCGCAUCCAGUUCGACUCCGAGAACUCCCGCGUCAACCUUCAAUGGCGCGCGUCAUUCAAGAAUCAGACCUUUGAGAGCGCCUCGUACGACUACGCCCUUCUGGCUGUUCCCUUCUCCAUCAUCCGCAAGUGGCGCCUCCCCUCGCUGCCCAUGACCAUCAGCAACGCCAUCGAGGAACUCCCUUACACCAGCGCCUGCAAAGUUGCCCUCGAGUUCUCGGAGCGCUUCUGGGAGCACUACGAAAACCCCAUUAUUGGCAGUUGCAGCACGACCUCCGACAUCCCCGCCAUCGGCUCGACCUGCUACCCCUCGUACAACAUCAACGGCACCGGCCCGGCCACAAUGCUGGCUUCUUAUGUCUCCGGUGACUGGGGUAACCGCUGGGCCUCCGUCUCAGAGGAGGAGCAUGUGCAGAAUGUUCUCGAUGCCAUGGUCGAGAUUCACGGCGAAAACACUAGGGAUCUCUUCACCGGCAAGUACAACCGCCGCUGCUGGGUCCUCGACCCUCUCGAGAGUGCCAGCUGGGCGAGCCCGGUCGCUGGCCAGCACCAACUGUACAUCCCCGAAUACUUCAAGACAUACGACAACAUGAUCUUUAUCGGAGAGCACACUUCCUACACACACGCUUGGAUCGCAUCGGCUCUUGAGUCCGGUAUCCGUGGCUCCGUUCAGCUGCUUCUUGAGCUUGGUCUCGUCGAUGAGGCCAAGGCUGCCGUCAAUAAGUGGAUGGCCAGAUGGAUCGACAUUGUAAGUUGA